GAUGUCGGCUCAUCAUUGGGGGAAGGCUUUUGCGAAAAGCACACGUCCCAUGGAGACGGACGGCAGGAAGUUUCCUCUCGAACUGGGCGCUCUGGAGCUCGCUGCAGGAACUCUAUAGCUUCCUGCGCAGAUGAGCAGCCACAUAUUGGAAAUUACAGACUCCUUAAAACGAUUGGAAAGGGGAAUUUUGCAAAAGUAAAACUGGCAAGGCACAUCCUAACUGGCAGAGAGGUUGCCAUAAAAAUAAUUGACAAAACACAGCUGAACCCAACUAGUCUACAAAAGCUCUUUAGAGAAGUAAGAAUAAUGAAGAUCUUAAAUCAUCCAAAUAUAGUGAAGCUAUUUGAAGUCAUUGAAACCGAAAAAACUCUCUAUUUAAUAAUGGAAUAUGCAAGUGGGGGGGAAGUGUUUGACUAUCUGGUUGCACAUGGAAGAAUGAAGGAAAAGGAGGCUAGAGCUAAAUUUAGACAGAUAGUAUCUGCAGUGCAGUAUUGCCAUCAAAAGCAUAUUGUUCAUAGAGAUCUCAAGGCUGAAAAUCUAUUGCUAGAUGCAGAUAUGAACAUUAAAAUAGCCGACUUUGGUUUUAGCAAUGAGUUUACAGUCGGAAAUAAACUGGACACCUUUUGUGGCAGCCCACCAUAUGCUGCUCCAGAGCUCUUUCAAGGGAAGAAAUAUGAUGGACCUGAAGUAGAUGUUUGGAGUUUAGGUGUUAUUCUUUAUACUCUUGUGAGUGGAUCCCUUCCUUUUGAUGGACAGAACUUAAAGGAACUUAGAGAAAGAGUGCUAAGGGGAAAAUACAGGAUUCCUUUCUACAUGUCCACAGACUGUGAAAACCUCCUCAAACGUUUCCUGGUGCUAAACCCAACAAAAAGAGGCACUCUAGAGCAAAUUAUGAAGGACAGGUGGAUUAAUGCAGGGCAUGAGGAGGAUGAACUUAAACCUUUUGUUGAACCAGAACUAGACAUCUCGGACCAGAAAAGAAUAGAUAUUAUGGUAGGAAUGGGAUAUUCUCAAGAAGAAAUUCAAGAAUCCCUUAGUAAUAUGAAGUAUGAUGAAAUCACAGCUACAUACCUACUGCUAGGAAGGAAAUCGUCAGAGUUGGAUGCAAGUGAUUCAAGCUCCAGCAGCAAUCUUUCACUUGCCAAAGUUAGGCCAAGUAGUGAUCUUAAUAAUAGCACUGGACAAUCUCCUCAUCAUAAAGUUCAGAGAAGCAUAUCUUCUAGCCAGAAACAGCGGCGGUACAGCGAUCACGCUGGACCGUCCAUCCCCUCAGUAGUGGCUUAUCCCAAAAGAAGCCAGACUAGUACUACAGACAGUGACCUCAAAGAGGAAGGAAUUCAGUCAAGAAAAUCCAGCAGUAGUGCUGUUGCAGGAAGAGGAAUUGCACCAGCUAGUCCAAUGCUUGGAAAUGCCAGCAAUCCCAAUAAGGCUGAUAUUCCUGAACGUAAGAAAAGUUCGGCUGUUCCUAGUCUUCUCAGUCGUUCCUGGAAAAUUGACCGCCAACUUGGGCAUAUCUCCACCCUCUUUCUCUGUAAAGACAGAGGCAAAAAUAAUACUGCCCCCGGAGCAAUGACACGGCGCAACACAUAUGUUUGUAGUGAAAGAACCACUGCUGAUAGGCAUUCAGUGAUACAAAAUGGCAAGGAGAACAGCCUGACAGAAAUGUUCGCUUACGCAGCUAGCCCUGCUUCAGUUUGUACUACAUCCUUCUCCAGUGUUCGGCUGCGACAUCAGAAGUCGAUGUCCAUGUCAGCCUCAGUGCACACGAAGAUGAUGUUGCCUCCAAUAGACAAUGGCGCAGAUAACUUCAGGCCUAUCACUAUUCCCGAUCAAAGAACUCCUGUUGCUUCAACUCACAGCAUUAGCAGUGCAACCACACCUGAUCGUAUUCGUUUCCCCAGAGGAACGGCUAGUCGGAGCACUUUCCACGGCCAGCUCAGAGAGCGACGUACUGCUACCUACAAUGGACCGCCAGCCUCCCCCAGUCUGUCCCAUGAAGCAACACCACUCUCUCAGACUCGAACCAGGGGUUCCACUAAUCUAUUUACUAAACUAACUUCAAAACUCACAAGAAGAAACAUGUCAUUCAGGUUUAUCAAAAGGCUCCCGACUGAAUAUGAGAGGAACGGGAGAUUUGAGGGCUCAAGCCGCAAUGUAGCUGUGGAUCAGAAGGAUGAGAACAAGGAAGCCAAGCCUCGGUCGCUGCGUUUUACCUGGAGCAUGAAAACCACCAGCUCCAUGGAUCCCAAUGACAUGAUGAGGGAAAUACGAAAGGUCCUGGAUGCCAAUAAUUGUGACUAUGAACAAAGAGAGCGUUUCUUGCUUUUCUGUGUCCAUGGAGAUGGGCAUGCGGAAAACCUUGUACAGUGGGAGAUGGAGGUGUGUAAACUGCCAAGACUGUCCCUGAAUGGAGUUCGCUUUAAGCGGAUAUCGGGAACAUCCAUAGCUUUUAAAAACAUUGCUUCCAAAAUUGCCAAUGAGUUAAAGCUGUAACAAGAAAAAUAGUUAAGUUGUAAAUUAGUUAGCAAUUUCAAGUGUUUUUGAGAAUUCCAAUGGAAAUGUAUAGAAUAACAUUUAGGCAAUAACUUCUGCAUCCUUCUGAAUAGUGAUAUUAAAAAAAAAAAAAGCUGCUGAGCUGGGAGGGAGAGUUGGACUUUUUUAUAAGUGCACUACAGCAUUAAAGUUGCCUACUAUGUAAAAUAUUACCCCUUCUGCUUUAUUUCCAUUGCUCCUAAGUCUUUGACAACAAAUUGAAACACAGAAUAUAUUCAUUUAAAUAUGCCUCCUGUUUGUGUGGACGUGUGAAUGUACAGUAUGUGUGUAUAAUAUAUAAAGUAUUAUAUGUAAACAAUUCAUUUACAACAUCGAGCUGUACCAGUACCUCUUUUUGGGCUAAUUUUGGUGCUAAAAAUUGAAAUGGCCAAGGAGGAAACACUUGAGUUAAUAUUUAAAGUAACUGAAGCGAUAACCAGUAAACGCAGGUUUACAAUUCACUGCUGUGUUAAGAAAAAAAAGUGUGUGAAGGGUUUGGAUUUAUGGUUGUGAACAUUAUUAGUCCUGUUUUCUAAGUAGAUCUCAUGAGAUUAUUAAAAAUUCACUUUUACUGAGUAAGUCUUGCAUUAUAUUUUGCCCACCUAUUUAUUAUUUAAGUUUGAAUCAAAUCUUAAAAUGUAGUUGAUUUGUGCAUUAAAAUUUGGGUAAAUGCUUCCAUUCUUCUGCUUCUGCUAAGCUACUAAAAGUGUAUCUUUGUCCUUUUGGCUUAUGAGUAUUGAUUGCAGUUAAGAACAUUUUUCUGUUGUUCCACCAUUCCUCUACAGAAUGAGGCAGUUUAAAAGGAUGCGCUAAAUGAUGACUAGUGACUUCUUUCAGAGCAAGUUCUCCACCUUAGACUAGGUCAGUCUGAUACAAAGCACAAAAGGACUCUCAAAUAACGACCAUAUUUUGAUGCAAGUCGCCAUGUCUGAGUCGGUGCCAUGUUGAGGUAUUGCUGCACAGGUGGCAGUGCUGUCCCCUGCGUUCCGGGCGUGCACAGUAUUGAAACCCAGAAGUGGGAAUCAGAUUGGCUACUGAUCUCCAUUUUAACAUCCAGAUUGCUAAACUACAGCCGCAGGCAGUAGCAGUUAAAACUUUUCCUUGCAGCUCUCUUCCAGUGUGCUUCCUCGUGGUUCUGGUUGUAUUGCUUUUUAUGGCUUUGUGCCAUCUGUGUCUCUAGCUUCUGCAGAGGGAGUCCACUGUCACUCUUUUAACGUGCAGUGUGGAAACUUGCCCUUGGUGAACUCUCUGAGGGCCAGCUAGCUUUCUGUAGGACGUGAAGCUACUCUGGGAUGAUCCCUGCUUUUUAACCAUCACUGUGGUGAGCCGGAUUUGAUUUUGCAAGCUAGAAUGAAGAGAUUCCUUCAUGCUUUGUUUCCUACUGAUACUCGGUUUAUGUCAUCAAGGACUUCUGUAGAUAAUACCCUGCAUUAUCUACGUUUUGUAUUAAUGUUUUAUGGUUAUAUUUCAGAGAAGUACUCAAGCAUGUACUUAACAUGUGCUUUAAACUGGAGCCUAAAUUUGCAUUUUAAAUUUGCAGUGAGCUAAUAGUUACUCAUAGUACACAGUUCAGAUUCGACCCGAGGUGAAAAUGCAAAAUCCUUAAUAUUUUGCAAGUGAGUUCUUGUGAUCUGUGGUCUAUGAAGGCAGCAGACUUCCUCUCUCUUUCCCCCUAAGUCUUGUUAUUGAUUAUGCUAGUUUAAAGGGUAAUCAUAGUUGUUAAAUGUAGUAAAUAUUCCUGAAUUUGCAUUUUUUUCUCUGUAUAUUCUGUAUCAUGCCAUGGCUUGAGAACUCCAGGUGCUACCAGAGUUCAGUUGGCUUUGUGCUCUGCCUGUGCUGCUCAGUAUGGUUUUUUUCCAUGAAAACUCCAUUUUGUAAUAGCAAUAAGAUAUUUCAGGGCAGUCAUUGUACUUUAUCAGGUGAAUGGUCACCUAUCCUUUCACUUUCUACGUUUUAAGCACUCCUCCAAAUGUAUUUUUUUUCACCCGGCAGUGCACUUUGUUGUCUGAACUGAAAAAGUGUUCUGGUAAAUGAUGUAAAUCUGUAUUUGAUGGAAGUUCCAAAAGGUUUCAUAUUAAAUGUUUUCUGAAAUACUCUCUUCCUACUUCACCUGUUAAGUAUGUAAUUGUUUCUAAGAAGUGCACCAGUAUCAUAAUUUGGAUAUUUAAAGUUUGUAUUUAAGUAUUUUUCUUAAAGCAUUCUCAACAGGUUCUUUCAGAGUAAAUAUGUGUUUGAGGUAUUAAAGAAAAUUUACUUAAUGUAAUAGGAAACAGAUUAACAGCUUCCUUCCCAAAUGCCUUGUAAAAUUAUCAAGUUGCAAGAAUACAUCCUUGUUUCUUUAGCAUACUGCAUGCUCACUGUUCAAGCCUCUAGGAGUUGCCUGGAAAGGAAAACUGCUUUCUUCAGAUCUCCAAACCAAAGAUGAACUUCUUCCCAAACACAGGCCUUGUACUUGUUCAUAUUCCUUGGGGAUCUGUGUAGCUUUAUCAGCACUGCUGCUGAUAUGACUCUACACAACUGCAGCUGUUUUUUCUCUCCUUAAGCGACAAGUUUUUAAAAUAAUUGGAGGUCAGUGUGUGGUGAGGAGGUAGCAGCAGGCCUAGGUGUUUUGAGAUGUGCAUCUAGCAACCAAGAAGUGGUUUUACAUAAUGGCAUGACUUGUGUACUGGCAUGUUUGGUCUGAAUGGUGUGUUGGGGGGUGUUUGUAAUGGGCUUGUGACUAAAGGUUUGCAUCACUAAAACCCAUGUCAUCCAGCUCUAAAGAUGUCUUUUGGUUACCAGGUCAGUCAGAGAAAAAUUCUUAGGGUUUUGGUUGCAGGGGAGUUGACUGCCUUAAAUGAAAGUGUUUAAAGAUACAUAAAUUUUUUUAAAAAAAUCUGAACACUGAGCGGGAGCAAACAAGUUCAGAUGAACUUCUCAUGCAAACCUUCCCUGUACUUAAGCUUUCUAAAACACUUCAGUCUGUGUGACGUCUGCAAGGUCUAAGGUCCUCAGCCACAUUGAGAAGUAGAGGGGAGUAGGUUAGAGGAACAGCUAGUCCUGCUGGUCUGAGUGUUUUGUGUACUACUUUUAUUCAAGCUACAUCUGGUCCAAUCUUUGUAGGUUCAAAGAUUUUUAGUACAGAUUUGGGCAAGGUUCACCUUUUUCUCUUGUAUUACAGUGAAAUUUCAAGAUUAAAUAUAGUGAGGUGAGUAGUGAGGUAUUGUAUCUUACAGUUCUUAAUUGCAGUGUUUGUUUGUCAAGAUAAAUUAGAUUAUUAAAAAAUAUAUAUCUGAAAAUAGUAUACACAUGUUUAUGUUAAAGAAAUUAAGUUGGAGGUUCAGGAGUCCUUCUAGUCAUAUGGAAAGAUUGUAGCAGAUCUGGAAUGUAAAUGGAGAUCUCCAGUUCAGUUUAAAGCUCAGAUAUACAUGGGCCUGUUGGGAUGAUGUGUAGAGACUUUUAAUCAGUCUUUCCCACAGCUGCUGUGUCAUACACCUUGUCGUGGAUUGCAAUUUAAUUAGGACUGCAGCCAACACAGAGAACCAUUUUCUCUGUUAAGCCCUGGUCUGGAGCAGCAGUAUGUACAUAGCUGCUUUGAGUUAAAACCUGCUUGGUUGUGCUGAUUUUGGUUCCUGAAGGGCUCGGGUACCUUGCUGGCUAUGGGCAGAGACCAUCUAUGAACUAGUGGUGUUCUCUGUGUUUCAAGGGUGGAGUGGUUGGGUGUUUCUUGCUUUGCACUCUGAUACCAGCCAUCCAAGACCAUGUCUUUUCUUAGUAAUCUAAAGAGUUAAGUAUUUAGAGAAUCUCAGUACUAGCUGGUAUUUCUCCUAUUGGGGGGUGGGGUGGGGGGUGGUGUCAUACUAGUGUAAAAUUUUUGUUUUCUAAUUCACAUUGCAGAUGUUUAGGAAAUAUUAAAUACAGUUUUGGAAAGAUGUAGUUUAACACUGUAGAUUAACAUUUCUUUUUAAACAUACAGAUUUGCAGUUUCCCAUAUUUCCAACUGUCAAUCUCAUUUCUGUAAGUUUUCGUAGAAAGGCCCUAGAGCUUUCCUAUAAAGAUAAGCUCAUGUUACUACACAUCACUGGUGCUGCCAAUUAAACCCCUGAUCUGAUAUUCUGAUGAAUUGUGGUUCUGAAAAUUCUACCUUUGACUGAAAUUUUUCCCUCCGGUAGCAGUGAGUUGCUUCAUUGAUUUCACCACUGACUAUUACUCCAUUGCUUCAGAGAAGAAACAUCCACCAGGAAGGGGGGUAAGCUUUGGAUAAAAGCUCAACCUAGUGCAACUAAUAAGAAUUUUUUUAAAGUUAUACUCCUUCAUACCAAGGGCCUGUCAGUGUCCUGCAUUACAGAGGCAGUACAUGCUUAGAGAAAUCCAAGAAACACAGGACUGAGAAAUUGUUCUCUGUGUGUGUACUUCUUUCUUCUGUCAAGAGCAGAAAAAAGCUAACCUUUAAACUUAAUUGUGUAACUCGAUGGUUUUCUGUUUUCACUGGUCUCUUCUCAGUGUACUACCAGGUACUGCCUCCAAGCCAAAGGGCUGGAUAAAAAGAGCAAAAUCCUGGAGGAGGAGACUCUUCACCCAGUGCUUCUGAAGUUGAAACAGUAUGGUAUUUGAAGCAAAAGAAUGUGAAAGACCCUUAACUGGUCUUUUUUAACCUUCUAAGAAUGUUUUAACUUUUGGUACAAACACUGGGCACUUGUUCCGGCAAUAACUGAAAAAGAAGUUCUGUUAGUACCAACACUGAAUCCCGUAUCUGUGCUCAGCAGCCGUGUUCAGGGCAUUAAUUGCCAGUUGCUGGGAGAUCACCACCUACAGGUGCCAUUAUCAUCUUGUAGUGGUUGUGACUUAGCAGGUAAGAUAUUGGAGGUAAAAAAAUGUUUUUGCUUGGUUUUUGCUUGUGUGUUGAGCACUUGGAACUGUGUGUUCUGACUCGGAUGCAAAAUUCAUGCAGAGUGGCGAUGGUUAUGGUUGCUGUGGGAGCCAUGGCAUUGAAUUUCAAGGCAUAGAAAUAUUGUAGUUCUUAUCCCAUUAAUACCCUUACGUUAUCAUUUAAUAAUAUCCAUAUGAAAUUCAGGGCAUAAAACCAGAAUAUUCAUACAGUUCAUGUUUCUUUGUAGUUGCUGAUCACGCUGAAUGUAUGAGGUGAAUAAAAUCGGAUAAUGAAA